UUACCUCCAUAUUGGUGCACAUAGCAAGAUUCAUUCCGCACAUGGAUAUACAAAAAGUUAGAGGGAACAUUGCUCCUAAUCCCUGUAUCCUUGACUAACUAUAACCCUCUCCUGACUGUCUUUCCUAUCUAACGUCUAUUUCACUAACCUAUGUGCCUUUCCUAUCUGAGGCCUGGUCUACACUACGGGUUUAGGUCGACUUUAGCAGCGUUAAAUCGAAUUAAGCCUGGACACGUUCACACGACAAAGCCCUUUCUUUCAGCUUAAAGGGCCCUGUAAACCGGUUUCUUUACACCACCUUCGACGAGGGGAUUAGCGAUAAAAUCGGCCUUUGCGGGUCGGAAUUGGGGUAGUGUGGACGGAAUUUGACGUUAUUGGCCUCCGGGAGCUAUCCCACAGUGCUUCAUUGUGACCGCUCUGGACAGCACUCUCAACUCAGAUGCACUGACCAGGUACACAGGAAAAGACCCGCGAACGUUUGAAUUUCAUUUCCUGUUUGCUCAGCGUGGAGAGCACAGGUGACCACGCAGACCUCAUCAGCACAAGUAACCGUGAUGGAGUCCCAGGAUCGCAAAAGAGCUCCAGCAUGGACCGAACGGGAGGUACGGGAUCUGCUCGCCAUAUGGGGAGAUGAAUCAGUGCUAGCUGAACUCCGUAGCAGUAAAAGAAAUGGCAAAGUAUUAGAAAAGGUCUCCAAGGCCAUGAAGGACCGAGGCCAUAACAGGGACACACAGCAGUGCCGCGUGAAAAUUAAGGAGCUACGGCAAGCCUACCACAAAGCCAGAGAAGCAAACGGAAGGUCUGGGGCAGAGCCGCAAACUUGCCGCUUCUACGCGGAGCUGCAUGCCAUUCUAGGGGGUGCAGCCACCACUACCCCAACCGUGUGCUAUGACUCAGUCAAUGGAGAAACACACAGGGAAGAGGGUUCGGGGAACGAGGAAGCUGAGGAUGGAGGUAAUGUAGGUAGCUCACAGCAGCAAGGAAGCGGAGAAACCGGUUUCCCCAACAGCCAGGAUAUGUUUGUGACCCUGGACCUGGAACCAGUAACCCCCGAACUCACCCAAGACCCUGAGGGCACACAGGAGACCUCUGCUGCAAAUGUUUCUCCUUCGCAGAGGCUAGUGAACAUUAGAAAGAGAAAACUGAGGACGCGGGACGAUAUGUUCACGGAGCUCCAGAUGGCGGGAUGAAAAGAGCAAGUGGCGGGCUGAAGAUGAUAGGUGGCGUCAGCUUGCAGACAGAAGACAAGAGUCAAUGCUCCGUCUGCUGGAGCAUCAAACUGAUAUGCUCCAGCGUAUGGUUGAGCUGCAGGAAAGGCAGCAGGAGCAGAGACUGCCGCUACAGCCCCUGUGUAACCAACAGCCCUCCUCCCCAAGUUCCAUAGCCUCCUCACCCAGACGCCCAAGAACACGGUGGGGGGGCCUCCGGUCACCCAGUCACUCCACCCCACACUGUUGCCUAAGCAUCAGAAGGCUGGCCUUCAAUAAGAGUUAAAGUUUUAAAAUGCAGUGUGUCCUUUUCCAUCCCUCCUCCCCGACCCAUCCCAGGCUACCUUGGCAAUUAUCCCCCUACUUGU